AUGUCACGCUUUCAACCGGACGACUCAGAACGCCAUGGCAAUCAUGAAGCUGGUGUGAUCUACCCUUUUCAACCACCUUCAUUCGGAUCUCAUCCACAGACUCUGAAUCGGGAGGUUGAGCAGGCCCGAAACACUCUCCAGGCGGUCACGCAGCAGCAGCUGCUCAACUCGGAGAGUGUUGACAAUACUAAUAACCUGGACUCCCUGAUUCGUACCUUCUCCAACGAUGUUGAGUCCUGUAGAGUGCAUCAGAACGUCACGGUAGUCCACCCGAUCAAACGUGAUUUAAUGACCCACGGAAUUUUCGCCUCCCUCGGACGAUCCAGUCACAACGACUCGCAGCCUGCCCCGGCGGACCAGGAAUCCCCUCUCUACGAUAUCAACCCUUGGCCCGGUCCGCACACAGGUGACCCCAAUCCUAAUCCACAUGCUGAUUCCUUCUACUCUGAACCACUACCACCCCUCCGAUUUGAUCAGGCCAACCUCCCUGCAAAUUCAGUCCCAGCGGUCAACUGGGUAGAAGGUCUAUUUGACCAUCUCCCGUCCGAACCACAGGCCAGCUACCAGGAGGCGGGACCCUCCCGCAGCGUGCCGAAUCCCAAUAUCCCACAACGACUCACAUUCGAUGAUGAGAUAGCACACACGCGCUUAUUGAUUACCCGCGCCUCCUCACGUCUCGUUCAACGUAAUAAGCCUUACGAAAAAACUCGGCCUUUGAUGGGUCCUCCACGCCGUAACCCCAACCACUGGGAAAGUGACGUAUUGGAAGUCAUGAAAUACUCCAUAUUCAAUGGGGUGUUUUUGCCCAAGCCGCACGAACUUGUUGAGAUGGCGCGACAAAGUCUAGAUUUGUCAUCCGAUAACGGCGUCCAAUGGGCUAUGACAGAAGAAGGGCAUGCGGGGGUAAUGAAGAUUUCGGAGGUCCUUGGAAAUAUAAGAGAUAGUAUAAAGGAGCUCACGCGAGCUUGGGUGAUACCGGGAUACCAAAUUCCCCUCUACACCCAGACUGCGCCGAUGAUUCAGCUGUUCGUCGAGGAGCUCGUCAAAGAGUAUAAGUAUCUUAAAGGAGCUAUUAACGUGCAGGGAACGAUGGUUAUCCUACCAUUCGGGCAUCAAGCGAUCAUAAGUUUUAUCAAGCAUUUGUUGUUUCAUGACCGCCAAUACUGGCGAUACAUCAGCCCAACCAAAAAUCUUGGGCCCCUUCUCGCGUACACGAGCACACUCCAUACUUGGGCAUUGGACGAAAUAUCUACUGGACGUUUCUUUCCCAUCGAAUUCGAUGUCAUUGCGAAGCAGUCUACCUACAACGCAUUUGUCCAGCUCUUCGAAACAUUAACUGACGAGGAACGUCAUGCGCUCAACACAUAUAUCAUGGCACAGGCUUGA